UAUUCUUUCAUAGUUCCUAUGUUGUUUAUUUUCCUGUUCCUUGCUGUCCAUGUCUUGUUCUUAGAUGAUAGGAGCAUGCUACUUAGGAGUGUGAGUAUGCAUUUUACAAAUUUUGCAUUUAUUAUUAUAUAUUACACACACAUGCACUAUCCUCAUGCAUAUGGGGUUACCAUGACAACUUGUUUCCUCUGACAGUUCCACAAACCUGUUUAUCCUUACUACUUUCCCAUAAUACAAAAAAUCCUCAGAUUUCAGGCCAACACAUUUUAUUUGUUUGAUCUGCAAUAGGUUACAGUAAAUCUAGACUGCUGGGAUUACAUGCUUUAUAUAAAUUUAUAAGUGAUGAUCAAGAAAGAGUAUAAACUUGUCAAAUGAGGUUAAGAUCUGAAAUAACCUUUAAGAACUCUUGUUUACUCAAAAAUGAAUUAUCAAUUACUUUUUCUUUGGGAUUAUGCCAUCAUUCAAAAAUGAACGAAGGUAAUCAGUAGUCAAUAAAAGUUUUCACAUGAACACGAGGCUCUUAUCUCCACUUGAAAGUGCGCUUAUCAAGGGUUUAGCCGUCCUAUUCACGAUCACACGCACAUAACUAUUACCAUGAUCACUUUAUUUAGGUAUUAAACUCUAAAGGUGCAGAUAAAAAGUAAAUGCAACUAAUGUAACCAUCUUUUUAUCCACAGACUUAGAGAUCAUAGAAGUCUGUGGUUUACACUUUUCUCAGUACUGUCCCCUUAGCACGAACUCUCAAGGCUGUGGGAAAACAGCAGACGGUAAAUCCACCGCCGACAUCUCACAAAAGAAUAAAGGUGUGUACAAAGCUUCCGGUUGGCUCACAUUCAUUGUUUAGACUCACUGAGACUGACAACAGUGAACUUCGUUGGCCUCGGCAGACAGACAGCAGUCCACCUAUACACGUCCGUGGUGAGUGCAAACUAGCGCCUGGUAGUAUUGUGUAGUGCUUGUCACAACUGCAGCGAAAAGAACAUCUGUUCAUAUCUCGUCUAGGGACACGGGACACUUGUUUGGAGCCGUCGAGGGUUUUCUCUGGAUAAUAAGUGGUGAACUGGCACAGACGAAAGAGGAGGUAUCUCCUCUGUUUUGCUGCACAUGGACACGCGUGGUACAUUUGUCAGACAAAGAGCGAGUUUUCAAGUUGCUUUGUAGACAGUGAGGUUCGCUAAACUAAACAGUCAAAAGGCCCUGCUGUCAUGUCCAAAACAAGAAAGCGAAAGCGACGGGGAGGGGCGGGUGAUGCCCAGGUAUACCUGCACGCUAUAACUGAUGCGCAGGCUGCUCUUCUCGUCGAUAAAGGAAACAAGCGCCCACUUCAAACAGUCAUGGCGAAAUCAGGCGCUGAUGUACAGUUUGACCAUGACCCAUCACCUAUACGGGGCAUGAAGAUCAUCGUCAUUCGCGGUGCUGCAUCUCAGAUCGAGGCGGCGGUCAGGUUCGUCAGUCAGAUGACUGGUGCUCAGGGGACGAUUUCCGAUCAAGCCGAGAAAUUCUGGCUAGAGUGGGUUCAAGACGCGUUUCCCGAUCUCGAAUCCGAGGCCUAUUUCCUGCCUCCUGUCUACGUCAACCGCGUACCGGUGACCAGACAAUCGGUUGGUGGUCAUGACAUUCUGGUCUUCAAACCGUCAACUACAAUGGCUGGACAGCUGAACCAAUCAACGUUAAGUCCAUCUGCUGCUGCUGCUGCUGCUGCCCAGGCACCCAUCCCGCAGCCUCAUGUUCAGGAAUGUGACGUCAGAGACGAUCUGGCCACGCAGCGGGUGCUCUUCUGUCUGCAGAAAAUGGCUGAGCGAAACGGAGAAGUCAUGGUUGGAAUGAGUCAGCUUCGCUUCGGUCAGUACUUGGGAGAACCUUGCUACGCUGCCGCUGCUACCCAGCUACCUGUGGCUGCCAGCCUCCCAGCAAAAGAAUCGCAGAGAGUAGGAGACUUUGAUGUGCUUCUUAUUCACCGACACUACGGCUUUGUCGUCUGUGAGGUAAAGGCUUUGGGGGACAACAUGCAACGGCUGGGCAUGUCGCAGAGUGAAAUAGACAACAAUAUUAAAAAGAGACUGGCAGAGGCCAUAUCACAACUGAACAAGGCGGAAGUCAUGCUGUCGCAUCUGGUGUCCAAUAACGUUUCAAACCUGCGCAUCAGGAAGACGAUCGCUGUACCUAACCUCACGGCCAUUCAGGUGCAGCAGGCCAUCCUUAGUGACCCCCAGCUGACCCAGGACUUGUGUCAAUGUCUGGGAACAACUGAUCCUGCCGCCAUCACUGGUCUGUGUCUCUGCUCCGACCAGCUGUCUGACCCCAAAAAGCCGUGGGACGUUAAUAAAUUCGUGCUCAAGGAACUUGGGAAAUGGUGGCAUCGACGGGUGGCUGGGACCAGACCUGACAGUCUCAUGACCUCUGUCCUUUACAAAAUCCUGAUAGCCAGGUUCUGUGGUCCAGCGACAACAGUGACUGUACCUUGCACAACUCCGCCGCGCCUGUGUGUCAAGACCCUGGGUCAGGCCGUGUCGAUAACGGGAGAGUUCUAUUCUGCUCAAAUAGCACUUUUUCCAGAGCAAGUUGACCUUCUAAACUCUGCGUCUCCCAGGGUCUUCGUAACCGGACCGCCUGGUACUGGUAAAACUGUAGUGCUUCUGCUGAUGGCCACUGAGUGGUUACAGCGUGGUAACGACGUUUACAUCCUGAGUACUUGGGAUCUGAGUCGCACAGCCUGCAUCAUGCUAUACCACUUGCUGCAGCAGACUGUCAACACGCAGCGGUCAGCAGGCAGGACAACCGGUCAGCCACGACUCCUGUACUGUGGUUUUACGUUGUUGAAGAAUGAUGAGACGAAUGUUGUCAGCGAUGAGGAGAAGGUCGUCAACAAAUUGUUGCAGGCAGCGAACGGAGGUUCAUUGUACAUCAUUGUUGACGAGGCAGGAUCUGACACUGCGUCACACUUUCACACUAUAUGUGACAAGCUGUCGUCGCGAGUUCCUCGUCUCCACCUCUGGGCGGCCAGCUGUUACCAUGGAGACGCGCCCACUGGCUGGCAAGUGGAGGUUUUGACCAGACCCCUCCGCUUCCCGCCGGCCGUCGUGAGGGAGAUCGCGCAGGACGCAGAGGUCACCGAAACCCGUGAUGUCGAGGCGUACACUGAGAGAGGAGUGCCUGACUACACCGACGGCCCACCGGUCAAGCGACUGCUUCACCAAGGGCACGGUCACUCGGAGGAAUACACCGAGAACUGUGUCACUUGCGGCAGGCGCGUGGCCAGGUUUCUACAUCGACUGCGCGUGGGUGGUCAGGCCAUUACUGCCAUGGCCACCCGGAAAGCUACCUCCAGAAGUAUGACGCCGCCCUGCUUACAAUGGCGAGAUGUGCUAGUGCUGCAUUGGGGUGACCUCACCGACUCCUCGGGUCUAGUAACAGGACUCAAAGGAGCGGGUAUUCCAGCCCGGGUGAUGGAGGAUUGCGACAGUGAGGACGUGGCCACUGCCCACAGUGACGUGGUGUGGGUGGCGCGUGGGCACCGCAUUCAUGGUCUGGAGAGAAAAGUCGUCGUGUACCUGGAACACUGUACCAUGCAUCUCCGACUACACCUCAUGUCCAGAUGGAACAUGUUCCCAAGCUGCAGAUGAGAAUGUGUCUGAGUACUGCAACAAAUCAUUCGCUGUAGUCAAGUGUCUCACUGAGCUCCUGGAUCACUCAGGUGGACUUUGAACUGAAGUGCUGAAAAGGAUGGACCCUAGCCCUCCAAAAAAGAAAUUUACAGUUAUAGUAGAAGGGGAGACAAACUUUCGUGUCUGUUGAUCAGUUGCAAGAAAACAGUGUUUUGAGAGAGCACGCAAAGGCUGUGCAAUGGACACUGAAGCACAGGAGUCUGUCCACUGCUGCCACAGAGACUGCACUGAGGAUAAAAUAAGAAUGCAGAUCUUUUUACCAAAUUUCACAACAAAUACCUUCAUACAUUAAGAAUAUUUAAGUUAUUUUAAAUUUUUUUCUAGCACUGUAACAUAUGUUGGAUAUAUUAAGUUUGUAUUUAUGUUCAAACCAGAAGAGAACAUUUCCAUUUCCCAUUACCUGAUUGCAGGAGUUGUGUCCUCUCCUGGUGCCACAUCUUCUGAUAAGCUUUCCAACAACAAAGUGCACAGAAUUAGUUAUAUGAAAUUCAUAACAUACAAAAUGUACAAUUUCUAUGUUAAUUUCAUGAUCUUGGAAAUUAAAUAUGCCAGCAACAAUAACAACAAAAACAAAUAGUGAAUUACCUUGCCUGAAUUGUUUGCAUUUUUAUUUCAUUCUUUUGUGCAAGAAUGGCUUUCAGUGCAGGUAAGCCAUAACUGAAGGGUUCCUUGAAAGAAACACCGGCAGACCUGUCACAGCCAGCUCUGGCAUUACUUUAUGCUUUUUGUAAGGAAAAUUUCCCCACCUUCCUGUGGCUUAGCCUGAAAACAAGAAGACAGUGUAAAAACUGGUAAAUCUCCAAACUUACAUACAACCCAGUGACGUAAACUAGUUCAUCACCAGUAAUACUACAAACUCACCAUACAAUUCAUUAAAGAGACUUUGAACCUCCCGCUGCAGUUGAGCCCUUUCCUCCUCCUUCCCACAAUUUGGUGGGGUUUGUAUAGUUGUUGGGGGUAUGGGGGUUGGGUUCAAGGCAGCAGCUUCGCCUUCGGGAGACUCCAGGAUGUUGGUCUCCAUCGUUAUUUUAUAUGAAAAUGACCAGCCCAGCUGCUUCAUGAAGUCAGUCUGUAAGUGUGGUAAAAGAAGUUUUAUACUAUUUUUCCAACACAGGAUUACCCACAGUUCCUGAUGUACUGUACAAUGAACUUGUAUUAAGUGUUACAUACAUGAGUGUUGCAUGAUUUCAUUCAGAGCACACCCUCCUCAGGUAUGCAGUUUUUUCACUUUCACUUUGAGGAAGUUACCCUCUGCAGGACACUGCAUCCCUUUUAAAUUUUCUUUUUUCUUCCUCUGGCAACCUCGCCCACUCUCCUCGCAUGCAUGCGAGAAAAACAGCUCUCGCUGGAAAUAAUGCAACCUAUGUAGUAUCCAACAAUACAUAUUUUUACUAGAGUAAUCAUUACUACCAUUGUAACUAUUUAUAACAGAACAGUGAAGGUGAAACUGUGACCCAGUGCCUACCAGCAUGCAAAACCUGGACAAAUCUUACCAUAGGUGUCCCAACACGUUGGCAUUCCAGUGAGUCAAAGACACCCAGUCUCUGCAAACCACCAACAUGUGGAAACUGGUCCCUCAGCAUGGCAGAGAAGUGAUCGAUGUGAAGAUCACACAGCUCUGUCUUUGCACUCAAGAUGCCUGCAUUUCCCGAAGGCUGUGGUUCUGUCUCUCAGCAGGGAUAACUGGCAAAGGCUUGGCAUGUCUUCACUUGGGUCCAAAUUCAUGUGCAAAGUACAUAUCAUCAUUAUCUAAAUAUGCAGCCUUACACUUCGUUGGAAAACCUAAAACAAAAUCAUUGUCAUCAUUUGAAAAAUCAUCACAAAUUUUCUCUUUAUUCCCUAUUACACUUGCUGCCUCGGCAAGCAAACUCAAAGCUGACACAACUGCCUUUUGCUUGUCAGCAUUGCCAGCUGCUCCUUGUGGCUCUUGCUGGAUUUUGAGGCUGCCUUCACCUGAAACAAGAACUACACCAUCAUUAGAAUAAUCAACAGAAUGCUGCACAUUAUUGUUCGGGACAUUAAUAUUUUCCCUAAACGGUUUUAUAUGUUCAUAGGCCACCAUCGAUGUCAGCUGACGUCUAUCCUUUCCUUGUGAAGCCAAUGCUACAUGUUGGUUGUCAUCUAUGUCCACUAUCCUGAAAGAGAAUAAAUGAACAGAGUAAACAUAAUGCUUUGUAUGGGAUGCUAAUUUUGUGUGCGAAGAAAGAGCCAGUAGCAUCACAAGUUU